GGUAUAUAUGCACGGACCCGACUUUUACACGUGACGUUAGAUUUAGAGGAAUCAGAGAGCAGCUGCCGUGGCAGCGGAACACGCAUUCCAUCAUACAUCCUUGAUCUCCUCCGACAGACAAAGGACAAACCAACAGCAACACUUCUAUACAAUUUAUUGAUAGUCACGCACAGACUCCGAAACGCCCAUACAUUUGUAUGUACUGGCCAUUAUCGUCCAUCUAGCAGUUCGCCCUCGCACCGAUCCCUGCAGUAUGAGCAUCGCCCACCAUGGUCUUCACUGGCCUGCUCACCUCGAGCGAUAGGCCACACAGGCCAGCAUCCGCGUCCAGUCGUCCGAAAGCCUCCUCCUCGGCCUCCGAAGUCGACCUGCUCCCCGAGUACAUCCACGAUGAGGUACAGCUCCCGUGUAUACCUCCCGAGCGACCGAACCUGCGGGAGCUGAACAACAGCCUGGAGGCCCUGGCUGCCGUCUUCCCCGACAUCCGCAUCGAAGUGUUCCGCGAGCUCCUCGGAAGCUUCGAUGGCGAGUCUCGUUUGGCACUCGUUGCCGAUACGUUGCUGAAGAAUCGCGUUCAGUGGGUCAAGGGGCGAUGGAGGGUUGCUGAGAAACACACGGGCGAGUCCGAGCCGAUCCCCCGCGGAGAGUCCUUUCGGAGUAAGGAAUAUAUCACCGCCGUGCAGAACCUGGCCUACCAAGAGUUCAAGGGGCUGUCCAAGCUGAACAUCAAUGCCGUCCUUGCCGAGUCCAACUACUCGUACCUCGAGGCCCGCCAAACGCUCGCCACGCUGUCGUCCAAAUCAUGGCGCUUCACCAUCUCCUCCUUCUUCCUCCGGCGAAAGCCCAUCGCUACGGGCGAGGCAGAACACCACCCCCUGGUGGUCUGGCGGUCGACAGGGCAAGGGGCUAUCUAUCCCGCGAUACGAGCGACUGGUAAUGCCGAGUUUGACCGGGAGUUGUUCACGCGCCUGAUUGCGCCCCUGAAGGAGCGCGAUGCCGAGCGAAAGGAAGCAGCGGACAGGGAAUACGCCGUGCAGAUCAACAACGAGGAGGCAGAGGCGGCCGACGCGACGUAUGACUGUACCUGCUGCUUUUGCCCUGGCACCUUUGAGGAGUUUACCCACUGCAACAAGGAAGGCCACAUGAUUUGCUUCCGGUGCGUGCAGUACUCGAUCAAGGAGGCCGUCUUUGGGCAAGGCUGGCAGAGCAGCAUCAACGCCGACGCGGGUACGCUGAAAUGCAUGGCUGUGGACGGCGACGGGUGCACGGGGCAUGUCCAGCGCGAUCACAUGCAGCGGGCGAUGACGGAGGAGAAGAAGGGCGCCGAGAUCCUGCACAAGCUCGACCAGCGGCUUGCGGAGCACAGCUUGCUCGCGUCCAACGUGCCGCUCGUGCGGUGUCCCUUUUGCAACUACGCCGAGAUUGACGACAUUUACGUGCCGGCGCACGAGGCGCGCUUGCGGGUCGACAUUGCCAGCAUUGUCUCUUUGUCUUUUACUUCACUGGGUGUACUCUUCUUCGCGCCCAUGGCCGUGUUCCUGUCGAUAGCAGGCUCAGUGCUGAUCCUACUUCUCGGUCAGCAGCACGCUUGGGGCCGUUGUCUUCGAAGAGAGUGGGACGCAGCGAUUACACGGCACAGGCGGCGGAGACGGGGGCAAAAGUUCACAUGUCAGAGCCCCGAGUGUGGCAGGCCGUCGUGUCUGACGUGCGGCAAGUCAUGGAAGGAUGUGCACGUCUGCAACGAAUCGUCCCUGGUCGCGUUGCGGACGCAGGUGGAAACGGCCAUGAGCCUGGCUAUUAAGCGCGUGUGCCCCAAGUGCAACACAUCGUUUGUCAAGAACGACGGCUGCAACAAGCUGACGUGUCCCUGCGGGUACAAGAUGUGCUACGUGUGCCGCGCCGACCUGAGCGAAGAGGGAUACCGACACUUUUGCGACCACUUCCGGCCGGACGGUGAUCCACGCCCGUGUGAGGAGUGCGACCGGUGCAACCUCUGGGAGUCGGAGGACACCAACAAGAUCCUCCGCCAGGCCAGGGAGGAGGCGGAGCGCAAGUGGAAGGCGGAGGAGAACCGCGAUCUGUCCGGGGAAGAAAAGGCGUUCCUCGAGACGGGCGUCGCGUCGAGGGGAGGCGAGCCCGCCGCGUUCCGCUGGGACGUGCUGCGCGGGCAGCGGCCGACGACGGCCGAGGUGUUUGACUUGAUUGUGAAUUGCUUCUUUCUCUAGUACGGGCGCAUCAUGAGGGUAUGGGGACAACCUUGGCGUCUAGCGAUCCACGACUUUGAGCGGGUCCAUGGCAUGUGGCGUUUGGGCGAGGCGGCGUUGGUGCUGAUCAGACAUAGACGAGACCGGAAGGGCAUUAUUAUCACUGCUGGUGCCCCCUUUUUACUACGGACACAAGAACAACAACAAGAUCGCCUGCAUGGGCAACCAGCAGCAGCAGGCGUAGCAGCAGAAUGGCGUUGACGGACAAUGGAUUAAUAAAGCAC